AGCCCUCUUGGUCAGCGACGGGAAAGGAGGGGCAUGGUAGGUGCUCCCCAUCAGAAACGCUGCCCUGAGCAGCACUGGAGGAUCACAAAAUCAUAGAAUGGUUGGAGUUGGAAAGGACCCCCAAAGGCUGUCUGUUCCCACAGCCUGCAGUGCACAGGGACACCCACAGCUCCAGCAGUGCUCACAGCCCCGUGCCCUGAGCGUGGCUGUGUGCAGGGAUGGGGCAGCACCAGCUCUCUGGGCACCCUGUGCAGUGCCUCACCACUCUCAUUGCAAACAAAUUCCUUAUACCUAACCUAAAUCUCCCCUCUUUUAGUUUGAAACCAUCUCUCCUUGUCUUGUCACGUAGAUCCUGCUAAUGAAUCUGUCGUUUCUUUCUUACAGCCCCUUUAGAUACUGAAGGGCCACUCUCAGCUCUCCCUGGAGCAUUCUGCUCUCCAGGCUGCACAGCUUCGCAGCCCUUCUCUCAGCCUUUCCUGAUAGAGAAGAUGUUCCAUCCCUUGAGUUAGUUUUGUGACCCUCCUCUGGACACACUCUGACAAGGUGCUAUGGACCUGUCCUUCCUCCCAAGGGGACAAGAAGGGAUGCGGUACAGUAAUGCCCUACUUGGAUCUCCACCUUACCAGCAGCAUCAGCUAGAAGGGCUACUCCAGCUCCUUGCACUUUGCUCCCUCUCCAUUGGUCACCCAGCUCAGCUCAGCAAGGUGGUUGGAAUGGGGAUGUGUGUACAGCCAGGCGCCAGGGCACUGGAGCAGAACGAAAGGCGCUUGAUCCCCACGUCCAGGCAAGGGGCGGUGCGGUGCAGCCCAGCCUCUCAGGGGACAGCCGGGCACUGCGGCAGCAUGCAGGGGCUGCUGCUGUGCGGGGGGUGGCUGCUGGCUGCUGGCUACGUGCUGGGUGGCUGCCGGCACCGCUGUUGCCCAGGCAGGAACAACGCCUGCUGGGCCAGCAGUGCACGCCACACUCGCUGCUAUUGCGACUCGUACUGUGAGAGGACAGGUGACUGCUGCCAGGACUACCAGGCUGCGUGCCGCCGUGCCGCAGUGGGCUGUGCAGUGGGGCCGUGGGGGCCCUGGAGCAGCUGCAGCUCCCCAUGCGGGGUGGGCAGCAAAGACCGCAGCCGCCAGGUCACCGUGCCCCCCCGGCACGGCGGGGAGCCCUGCCCUGACCUCAAGCAGCGCCGUGGGUGCCUGGGGGAUGACCCGGCCUGUGGGGCUGCCAAAGGGGUGGCCAAACUGCUCCCCGAUUCCUUCAGCCCAGACAUCAGGGAUCCCUGGCGCAGAACUGGGAUGCAGCAGUCAGAGGAGUCACCCAGCUCCCACCUCCCCAUCUCCUGCAGCUUUUUCCGCCUGACGCAGGUGGCAGCUGCCUGUCGUGGGCAGCCCUGGAGCCGCAGGCUACAGCGGGACAGGCGGGUGUGCGUUGAAUGCUGGGGGGACACAGCCCAUGGGCAUCCCCAGUGUGAUGGAUAUGGGGUGCAAGGAGCCAGGACGUUUUGGGUGGCCACCUUCAUAGCAGGGUGCCAGGGCUCGUGGGUGCGGGAGGCUCUGCAGGAGGGCUGCGCCUGUCCACCCCCAGCAUUCAUCUUUGUAUAGGUGAGCAGAGCCCAAUUCCUUUAAGGGCA